AUGAUGGAACGCCAAGCCCAAAGAACUACAGGAGGAGACAAUCGACUGGGAAUUGAUGAUCCUCGUCGAAUGGAUUUGUCUCCACAGGAAAAGAGACACGCCAUGGCAAUCAAGCAAGCAAUUGAAGGCACUGCCGAAAUAGACAACUUGUCAGACUUCUUUUACUGUCAGUUCGCUCUGAUAGAAGGGAGCAAUGUUGAAGGAGCCUUGGAGAGAGCCAAACACCUGCAAGCCUUUCGAGAGGAAUACAAGAUUAUGGAAACCAAAGAUCAUGGAUACCAAGUGCUCGAGGCAUUCAUUCAGCUGUCUCCACAACAUUUCCUCUCCUAUGAGUUUCAAGACAAUUCUUACACCAUGAUCCUUAACCUCAAGGGAUUGCAACCCAAAACUUAUCUAUCCACACCUAAAACGUUCGGGACAUGGAUCACGGGAUUCUACUAUAUGCAUCACUGCUUUUGCCCUGACUUUGAAACCAUCCGACAAGGGGUUUCCUUUUAUGCGGAAUGUCAUGGCUAUGAUAGUAGCCUGCAUGUCAACCUGAAAUUCGCCAUGCGCGUGUGCGCAGAAUGUAUGACUGUAUACCCAUUCCGUCUUCGGAAAGCACAUCAUUUUCAUACUUCCAUCAUGUGUAAUUUGAUGGUUGCAGCAAUCAAACGAGUCAUGCCUGCCAGCCUGGGCACCAAUAAAAUCAAAGUGGGCUGCCAAGCACCCAUGUAUCUUGAUGAGAUUUACUUAUCCCCGUCUGUUGAAGCAUCCAAUCAAAAGACACUGCAACGAUGGAAGGCUGCACUGGCAAAGCGCUACCGCAACGAACACACAUUCUCCUUGUUGCCAUGA